AUGUCAAAAUAUAGCGAGAGUCCCGAUGCCCAUAGCAGUAACGGAGUAAAUAAGAAUAGUCCGACAGAUAAACCUAGAAAGAAAAAGAGAACCCUAGGGAGCUUCCCAUGUCCAGACUGUGAUAAGGUAUUUACAAGGUCGGAUCAUUUAGCACGACAUCAUUUGAAUCAUGAGCCAAAAGAGUUAUUUGAAUGUGAGGCUAUCAUAGAAGAUUAUGGAGGAAAUAAGAGAAAGUGUGGGAAGACAUUCGUUCGUAAGGACUUGAAGGAACGCCAUGCUAAACGACAUCAGGAAAUUUCCACCAAGAGCUAUCCAAAAAGCGUGAGAUCUAGUUUCUCUAUCCCGUCCAAAAGUAGCACUUCUCCUCAAGCCUCAUCUGGAGAGUCACCUAUCUUACUUCCUAAUUACCAGGCACAGUCUCCUUUGCAGAUAUCGAAUUUGAUACAUGGAGUAAAUAACCCGGAGAAUGGACAUCAUAGGACGGGUUCUCAAUUACCACCAGCCAAUCAUUCCUUGAACAAUGGGAUGGGCCAUCAAGUUCCCGCUAACGUUAUUAAGGAUGCAAGACUUCCUCAUCAAGACCCGAGAAACUUUAACGGAAGAGUACCGUUUAUACAUCAUCAUAGUAAUACUGUACCUUCGCAAGGGCAAGAUAUGUAUACGGAUCAGUAUAAGGUUCCCAAUUUUGGUAGUAAUGGACCUCAAUCUCAAAAUGAUAUUUUAUCGUGGUUGUUUACAGAGUCCCCCGAAAACAUGAUUGUUACACCGGGAUCCGAAAACAUGCAGCGAGAAGGCAUGAAAGGUAUCAAUCAAAUAGUAGGUCCUAGUCCAAAUAAUAUUCAUUCUCAAGUUCAUCUUAAUUCAGGACCAGUAUUUGAUAAUAAUGGAAAGGGGUCUAUCCACUCACCAUAUGGAGGUUCCCAAUUUUCACCAAUUGGUGAUCAAAUACAACAGCAGCAUAUUCAACAUCAACAAGUAAUCAAUCAGCACAGUCAACAUCAAAUACCACCGACUCAUAUACCUCAGUCGCAUGCUUCUCACCAAGACAACCAAUAUAAGGAAGAGGUGUUGGCUCCAUUUUACCAUAAUGAAUACGAAAAUUCACAAGUGAAUCUUCAGUCUAUGAAUAGUUAUGGCAUGCAAGACGUUAAUAUAUUUUCGAAUGAUGAUAACCCUCUAGAUGAAGUUUUCUUGAGAAAUUACCAAGCUCAACCAGCUAAUGGAAGCGAUCCAUUAUUAUCAAGCUUAAGCUAUAAAUUUAAUAUGAGCUCAACAGGGUCAUCAAAUUCUCCUACUACUACCAAUGAAUCUACAUCUCCUAUAGUAUCGGGUGAUUUACAGAGAAGUCCAAUUUCGGGGGAUCAGCAUAGAAGAUCUACUGUUGCAUCUUUACAAAAGCUUUUUAUGCCAGACAAAAAUAAUAUUGAAAAGAAUAAGCAUAUUUUUAUCGAUUCCCUCAUAGUUGAUAAAAUAAUUAAAUCUUUACCAUCUAUUUCAAGGGAGACAAUUAAUGAAAUAUUUGAACAGUCAGAGGUGGGUAAUGUGGAUUAUAGCAUAGAGAAUAGAUUUUCUUAUUAUUUGUCUACCUAUUGGUCUAUUUUCCACCCUCAGUUCACCAUUCUCCAUAGACCGUCAUUUGAUACCAAGACAGCUGAACCGUUAUUACUUUUAUCUAUGAUUAUUGUCGGUUGUAAUUAUUGUACUUCAACAGAUAAUUCAACAGAUAAGCAACAAGCAAGAAAAAAGUCUCCAGAGUUUAAGUUUUGCCUUAGUAUGGCUACUCCUUUACGAUUUAUGAUAUUUCAACAUGAGGAUUUCAAAUCGCCGGUCAAGUUAUGGAUCUUACAAAGUUUGAAUAUAUUGGAAUGGUGUGAAAAAAAUUUCCUUCUGAGGAGAUUGCACGAAAGGGGACAUAUACAUCAUGGGACCACUGUACAGCUAUUGCGAAGAUCACCUUUGUUGGGUGGAAAUCCGGCAACAGCAAUUAAGAAAACAAAUCUGACGAGUGGAUCCAACACUAGUGCAGAUGAAUCUGAUACACCAAAUGAAAUUGCGACAGAAAAUAAUGAUACUACGGAUUAUGAUUUAUUUGUGAAAUGGGUUGAAUCCGAAUCAAUGAAAAGGAUCACAUUCAUGACAUUCUAUUUGGACGUAAUUGAUUACAUUAAAUUUCGCCACAAUCCUCAAAUUAUGUUUUAUCAGUUGCAAUUACUCAACUUACCAUGUGAUGACGAUCACCUUUGGGAAUCUACUGAAGUGAAUGGAUCAUUUAGGAAGAUUGUUAAGAGACAGAAAAAGUUACAAAAAUCAAGUCAGGAUAAACACAAUGGAGAUUUAAUGAGGAAGAGAAAAGAUAUAAAUCAAAAUAGCUCUCUAAAGAUAAGAAAUGGCGAAAGCUUUUUGAACGUACUCAAAAAAUUAUUAAAGCCAUACAAGACACCAUCUAGCCAAGAAACAAAAGCCGAAUUCAAAUUAUCUCUCUUUACAAGAAAAAUACUAUAUUCUGGGUUAUUGUCAAUCAUGUAUCAAAUGCAGCAAACAGACCUACAAAACAGCUCGUCUUUGUUGUCUAAUAUGAAUGGAAGUAAUAAAUCCCAGGGUUUUGUAUUAUGGAAAGAAGUCUUAUCUAAGGCAUUCGACAACUGGCAUCUUGAAAUUAAUGGCAAUUGUUGCUCUGAGGUUUUCAAAACCCCUGCAGGAGUUGCUGACUGUAUUAUAAAAUCACAAUGCCAGUUUCCUAUGUAUCAUUUAGCUCAAAUCAUAGGUAUGGCUGAUAUCAAUCAUUACGACAUAGCAAUAUUUGGUGGUUCGCCGGCAAAUAUGAGUGUGAGUGCUACAAUGAAGGAUCAUUGUAUUGUACAAAAUAAGCUUAAUAGUAUCUGGCUAAAGAGCCCGCAAACCAAGAGAUCAACUAAUGACUUAGUGAACUUAAAGAGUAUUAUUCAUUGCUAUUUAUUAUUAUGGGAAUUGAUGUUAAAACCAUUGAAUCUGAAUGAUAAGACUUCUAAUGUGGAAUUCAUACAUUGGAAUGUUGACGAUGAUUAUUUUGACGGCAUGUAUGCAGUUGGAAUUGCAACCUUAGUAUUAUGGAGUUAUGCAUUUACGACAAGCGGAUUAGAAUCUCAAAGGUUUAUUGAAUUGGAUGAUUUAAAGAAAGUCUCAAGUGAGAAAUACGAAGAUUUGGUAGAAUUAAGUGCAGAAGGAUGUUACGAAUACUUGCAGCGGAUAAGGCAAGAAUUUUUGACAAAUUUGAGAAAGGAUAAUCUCCAUAACGAAUAUAGCAUUCAUCCGUUUAAGCUAGACAACAGAUUGCAUUCUCCACAUGAAAUAUUUAGCAAAUAUUGUGAUCUAUUACCAUUUAUAAGUAAUAAGCAAAACAUAAGCGGAUUAUGUUUUUUGGUUGGUACGAAACUAUUAAGCAGUCAGUGGGAUAUAAUUAGGGAAAACGGAAAAUUAAUCUUGAAUUGUGGGUUUAGAUCAAUUGGUAAAAAGAAUAUUCUUUGUUUAGACCUCUUUGACGAAUUGACUGAUUGA